AUGGCACCUAAAAAUGUUUUUAUCACCGGAGCAAACGGCUACAUCGGCAACGCCGUGGCUCGGUCCUUUGUCGCAGCAGGAUGGACCACCUAUGGCCUUGUAAGGUCUCUUUCGGCGGCUGCAACUCUUGCGCAAGAAGAAAUCAUCCCUGUACUUGGAGCCAUCGACGACGUUGAGGCGCACGCCAACAUUCAGAGCCACGUCCCGGCAAACCUCGAUGCCAUCAUCUCGACGACGGAGAACAUAAUGGACUACAUCCCACACUAUCAAAAUACCAUUCAACUGCUUCGUACUCUCGGAGCCGCGAGCCUGUCUGCCGGCACAAAACCAAUCGUCAUCUUCACUUCCGGAUGCAAGGACUACGGCGUGGGUCCGCAUUUCCAUGGAGCGCCGGAUCUGGCCCCGCACACGGAGGAGUCCCCCAUCGGGACGAUCCCGCUCCUCGCCAACCGGGCCACAUACGCGCAAAAGAUUUUUGACCACGCCGACGUCUUCACCCCGGUCCUUGUCAGACCUACCAACGUCUACGGUCGUGCCUCUAGCUUCUACCAAGCCUUCUUCAUCGUUGCUUCAAAGGCGGCUGCCGAGGGCAAGCCGAUCGUCCUGCCCGCUCCCCCCAACACGAUCCUUCAUGCCCUUCAUGUCGACGACUGCGGCGAUGCUUAUGUUGCCAUUGCUUCCCACCCGAACCGAAACGAAGUCGGGGGCCAGUCAUACAACAUCUCGGCCCAGCGAUACGAGACGCUCGACGAGGUGGCGCAGGCUCUGGUCAAAGAGUAUCAAAUUAAGGACGGGCUGAAGUACGUUGAUGCGGCGGAUGUGACGGAUGGGGAGGAUAACUGGCCGCCGGGAAUUAUCAACUUUCCUCAGUGGACGGACUCUACCAAGUUGACAAAGCUGACGGGAUGGAAACAUCGUCGCCCCUUAUUCAGCGAGUCUAUCCACGUUUACCGCCUGGCAUAUGAGGCCACCAAGGCGGCUGGGCAUGAGAACAUUCAAAAAGUUGGCGGGCUUUUGGAGGCUUGGACCAAGAACAAGGCGAUCUUCACUCCUGAAAAGAAAUGA